UUGAUGUCAACUUCCAGCCUAAGAUGAUUGGUGAAUGCAAGUGCAGACGGGUCGGGCACAAGAAGCCCAACAGAGACAAACAGCAAACUGAUAUGGGCCUAGCAACCCAACUGAGUCGUUCUUCAACAGAUAAACCAGAGUGGCCCUUACCCAACUCAGUCUUCCUACAAGGCUUCAACAGACGAUCAAUUUUAAAUCAAUAAGCUUUUCCAAGAGAUGUGGAUUCAAAAUUGAAUUUUUGGCGCUCUAAACAUACAAAUAUAAUCGCAAUCCCAGUCUGCCACUCUGUUGUUAACUGAUCUUCACAGCUUGCCUUUAUGGGGAGCAGCAGCUUGGGGCUUCAUCAUUGGUCUGUGUUAGCCUCUCAGCGGGCAAUUCUGCCACAAAAUUCCGCGAAGCCAUUACAAAAGUUCCAUUCUUUGCCCACAACUGUCACUGUUGCUUGCAUUGCCACCUCCAGAGCUUCCUCUGUGAGGUGCCAUUUAGGUUGCUUUGGCUUCACAGCAUUCAACAGAAAGUUGAGGAAGAGUGUACGAGGCUGUGCUACCAACCCAUUUGUUGUUGCCAAUGAUGAGAAGUAUGGAAACAAGCAGGUUAUUAGUAUUACUCCACAAGUUUACGAUUACAUUCUUGCCAAUGUUCGAGAGCCAGAGGUUCUACGACAACUUAGGGAGGAGACUGCCUCUAUGCACGGUAGUCAGAUGCAGGUGUCUCCUGACCAGGCUCAACUGCUUGCAAUGCUUGUGCAGAUUCAUGGGGCUGAGAAGUGUAUUGAAGUUGGUGUUUAUACUGGAUAUUCAUCGUUGGCUACUGCAUUGGUCCUUCCUGAAUCAGGGAGUUUAGUAGCCUGUGAAAGAGAUGGCAGAAGUCUUGAGGUCGCAAAAAAGUAUUAUGAUAAAGCGAAUGUUUCCCACAAGGUGCAUGUUAAAUAUGGAUUUGCAGCAGAUGCAUUAAGAUCACUGAUUCUGAGCGGUGAAGCAUGUAGCUAUGAUUUUGCAUUUGUUGAUGCUGACAAGAGAAUGUAUCAGGAAUACUUUGAACUGUUGCUACAACUUGUCAAGGUUGGGGGUCUAAUUGUGUUCGAUAAUGUUCUCUGGCAUGGAAAAGUUGCUGACCCAGAGGUGAAUGAUGCCAAGACUGUCAGCAUUAGAAAUUUCAAUACAAGUAUAAUGCAGGACAAGCGUGUAAGCAUUAGCAUGGUACCCAUUGGAGAUGGCAUGACAAUCUGCCGAAAAAGGCAACCUCAUAACAAAAGUUGAUGCACUUGUUGACUUAGUGACCAUCAAGAAAAUGGUGUGUAGAUAAGUUGUGUUAUGUAUGUUAUUGGUAGCAACAUUUGAAAGGAAAGUGUCUUCAAUGUUUGAUGAAAGAUAAAUCUGACUGGUUACCACGGCAUGCGACACGGUUGGAAACUUUAACAUGCUAGACCUUUGGCUCCUGGACAAGCACACCGAAGUAUUUGCCGGGAUCUCGGUGCUUUGGAGUAGCUGAAGAGAAGGGCAGUUUCUACCCAUUUCAUGUAAUAUAUAGCUUUUCCUUCAGGGUGAAAAUACUCCAUUGGGAUUGUUAUAUGUCAAAUCGUCUCAAUUUAUGUAAAACACAAUGCAAGAGAUUGAGUAUUUUACAAAAGAGAUUUACCAUACUUAAUUUGACUAGCUCCAUUAACAUAA